CAAUGGAUAAGGCUACGAAUUUGUAUGCAAUAAUUGCCUUAUACGUGUUAGUGACUAACGCUCAGCCCCAUCAAUGCCCAUAUGGCUGGAAACAACGAGAGACAUCGUGCUACGCCUUUUUUACAGAAUUACAACUUAGCUGGACAGAAGCAAUGCUAUACUGCAACGCACUUCAUGCCAAAUUGGUAGAAAUAGAGACGGAAGUGGAAAAUGAAUUUCUUCGUGAUCAUGGAUUAAAAACAAACUUCUGGAUUGGUUUGACUGAUGCCUUGGUGGAGGGACACUGGGUCUGGGAGACGUCACAAACAACCCCCGCCUACACGCACUGGUACCCAGGAGAACCGAAUGAUGUGUUUAACCAUGAAGACUGUGGUGGCAUGUAUUAUUCUGGGCUCUGGAAUGAUUUUCCUUGUAAUACAACUCAUAGUUUCAUAUGUGAAAAAGACUUGGACGAGAUUAAUGUCAUUGGAUGAUUGCUAGUCACGAUGGCCAAUAUUUGUCGGUUGAAAUAAAGAAUAUAGAAAUAUAA